AUGCAUCCCAUAGUGCUAACAAUCGCAUUUGUUUCUGUUGGGCUGAUUCAACCCAGUGAUGGUUUUCAACUGUUCAACGCAACCGCCAGUCUCAUCCGUAGCUUUCAAUAUCCAUUCAAAGUGACCGCUCUAACUUGCUGGAAUGAUCAGCGAAAACUACUCUUUUGGAUGGCGAUGAACAUGUUGGAGUCGUCGAAAAACGCUUUCCAAUUCACCGGAGAGAAUUCACACGAUCUUCCUUGGCAUGAUCCAGAUCAGCAACGAAAUCUUCUCGUUGUUGACGCUGGUUGUCCCGGAACGAAAGCGCUAUUGGCGGAUGCCAAUCAAUUGUUGUUCUACCGUGUAAAAUGGAUUGUUGUUAAUACAAACAAUCCAAAGUGUGAUUCUUUCCCGGAUUUUCUCAGAACUCUUCAAGUGUUAAUCAGUAGUGACUUGUACUAUUUGUGCACUACGCAGGACCCCGGGGAAAUAUUUGUAAAACAAGCAUAUCGUUUCUCGCUCGAAACCGGACUGAUCGACGAAAUUGUCGGCUCCUGGAAGCAAGGCACGCUGAAUAUCUCCCGAACAAAUGCGGUUUCUUCAGUCAGACGCCAAAACUUGCACCAUUUCAAACUACGCGCAUCGCUGGUGAUAACGCACAACGAGACAAUACACCAUUUGGAAGACUACCGACAGAAACACAUAGAUACAAUCACCAAGCAAAACUAUUUCCUCACCAAAUAUGUCGCGCAGUACUUGAAUGCCACUGUCCAGUUCCGUUACGUUAACUCAUGGGGUUAUCGAAACCAGGAAACGGGUCGGUUCAACGGAAUGAUCGGUGAACUACAGAGUGACAAGGCACAUCUUGGGGGGACGGCUCUAUUCCUCACCGCCGAUCGGAUCAAGGAAAUUGAUUACCUCUCGAUGACCACUCCGACGCGAGCCAAGUUCAUCUUUCGAUCACCGAAGCUAUCGGUCACCGAUAAUGUGUUCAUGCUACCUUUCAGCAAACCAGUUUGGAUGUGUAUUCUCAGUUUCAUCUGUUUGUCAGCCACUCUCCUGCUGAUUAUUAUAUCGAUCGAGUUUCGGUACACCGACAUCCGAUAUGUCGAAGGAGUUCGGUUGAGACUCUUUGACACCUUCAUGAACAUGGUCGGGGCAUCUUGUCAGCAGGGAUCAUACCUGGAACCGAAAUCACUCCCAUCGAGAUGCUUGAUACUGCUGAGUUUGAUCGUACUCAUGUUUUUGUACGCCUCCUACUCGGCUAACAUAGUGGCGCUGAUCCAGUCGCCAUCGAGCAAGAUUCGAACUUUGGAAGAUUUGCUCAACUCGAGACUGGAAGCGGGUGCUGAGGAUACGGUCUACAAUAAGUACUAUUUCACUCACGAAACAGAACCGAUUCGAAAGGCCAUUUUCGAACGCAAAAUGAAGAAUCGUGAUGAUGCUGCAUCAAGCUUUAUACCAUUAGAGAAAGGAGUUCAGAAGCUGCGUCAGGGAUUGUACGCGUUUCAUGUGGAGCUAGGCGUCUGUUAUAAGGUGAUCAGCGAAACCUUCCAAGAGGAGGAAAAAUGCGGCCUGCAGGAAAUCGAAUAUCUGAACAUCAUCGACCCGUACUACGCUGUGCAGAAAAACUCCUCAUUUCGUGAGAUUAUCCGCUUGAGUCUGUUCAAGCUGCGCGAAUUCGGCAUCCAAGGGCGGGAACACUCGAUGCUAUACACCAAAAAACCUCACUGCAGCGGCGGCAGUAGCUUCGUACCGGUUUCGAUUGUCGAUGUAUGGCCGGCACUUCUACUGCUCGCGUGGGGUCUCGGAAUUUCCGCUGUUUUGCUGGUGAUGGAGAAAGUUUGGCUCAAGGCAGGGAAGCGCGUUCGGAUCAAGGAUGAGGUCGAUGCGAUCUUCAAAUGGUAA